AUGGAGCGUGAUCGCUGGUACGAGAACGUGUUCGUGAAGGGGUUUUUGGUGAAGGAGGCGUUGACUCGUGUGGUGUUUCUGAUGGCGAUAGGGUGUCUCUACUAUUUCGUAGGGCCUCGGUCGCGAUCAGCCUUGGGUGCGGAUUGGCCGCCGACGGGAAUCGAACUGGGGGCUCGUCGAUUCGUGAAGCACGGUUUGUUGAGGUGGCCAUGGACGACGGUGGUCAUGGCGUGUAUGACACUGAACGUAGCCUAUCUGAUGUACGCGGUACGCAACCGCCGCACGCGCAGACAACGCUUCCGCAUGACUGUUUACUUCAUUCUUAUGGCCACUCUCUCCAUCGAGGGCGGCGUUCUCUUUUCCGAAGCUCUCAAACGUCUCGUGGCCCGCUUCCGGCCGGACUUCCUCUCGCGUUGCUACCCCCAUCUCGGCGGAAUGGACCUCCUCAAAGUCUCCUUCGCCCUCGCCAACAACUCACCCGCUGCUCUCACACCCGCAGCAGGGGCAAUGGCCCCGCUGGCACUGGCCCCAGUGGCACAAUCAAUGGCCCCAGUGGCACAAUCAAUGGCCCCAGUGGCACAAUCAAUGGCCCCAGUGGCACAACCGAUGGCGCGAGUGGUACAGCCCGCAGCACUGACUCCCUCCUCCGUGAUGACCCCUGCUGCCAUGCCGGCUGCAGGAGCCGUGUCCGGCAGUGUCGUUGGGACGGGAGAUACCGUCGUCAUCAGUGCGCCAGUCCGGCAGCUGGCGGUGGGUCCUGUGGCGGUGAAUCCUGUGGCGGUGAGUCCUGUGGCAGUCGGUCAGGUGGCGCCGGGGAGUUACGUGGGGCGUUGCACAGCCAGCGACGCAAGGGUCUUGAUGGAAGGGCGCAUGUCUUUUCCAUCGACGUCGGCCGUCAUUGCGUCGACCUGUCUGUUCGUCACGGUAUUAUGGGACCUGCAUAUGGUCAAGGUGUUGGCUGGCUACACGGGCGAGAUCUUAAUCGUGCCAACCGUGUUGCUCAUUCCACCCGUCCUCUGGCUCUUCAAGACCCUCUCUACCGGCAGCCACUACUCACUAGACGUCGCCGUUUCCGUCGUCUUAGCCGCCACCGUGACCCUCGGCACCUUCGCCUUCUACUACCCCCGCCGAAAUGCCGCCUCACAGCCUGGACGCGCCGACAGUCUUGAAAACGACCAAGCCAAAUCCAGCUCCGAGUCCUUUUUCAUGAGCACGCCCGGCAUGCCCCUCGACGAACCAGAAAGCAACAGCCACUACUCCGAGAGAGAGUCUGCAGCCUGA